AGGCCUAUGUAAGAAAUAAGAAUUGUGUUUUACGAAAAAGUUGCCUUGCCUCAUAUAAAUGUAAGGGGAUUUAGUACAACAGUUUUCAAUAAACUUUAGAUGAGUAAUAAACCAUCUUAGCGGUGUUGAAUUCCACUAUUGUGACCUCUUGUUGGCUUAGCCUACAAAAUACAAAAUCACAGAGAAAACAGCGCGUCUCUAACGCGCAUUUUACGGGACUUGAAUUGAUGCGCCCAUCGCCUAGUAACAGUGGGAAAUAGACACACAACAUUCCGUCUGAGAGAAGGGUAGGCUACUUUAUGGGUUUUCUUAUUGAGUCAUUUUGAAGCCUUCAAAUCAAAUGAUUCAGAGCUUAUCAAUGAGCAAGUCAAAGACAUAUUUUAGUAGGCCCCCGUCCGCUUCGAAUAGAACAUCACCGAAUUUGACAAGUUCUGUUCACCGCGUCUCCAAGACAGUUCGGUUCUACCUCAAUGCGCGGGUACGCGACACAGGGGAGGUGUUCAUGGUGCCAAACUGCCACCAUAACAUGACCAUCAGAGAACUGAAGUGUGCACUGGAGCUGGCGGUCGGAAUUCCUGCGGACUUCCAGAGACUAUGCUACUUGGACCAAGGUGACCUGAUGGAGGAAAGCACCUUGCACUACAACGACAUUGUCCCAGGAACAGUGCUGACGGUGGGGGUGUGGCCCUACAACGGCUGGCCGGAGCUGGUGACUGCUGCUGCUUCCGGCAACACCUACAUGUUGAAGCAGGUCAUGUCCAAACCAGCUCCCCUGGGCUCCUCUGCAUCCUCCUGGCUGCCUCACCGCCUCUUCUCUGCCCUGUUCAUCACUGUUCAUCGAGGACACACCUCCGCCACCCGCUUCCUCCUGCAGCAGGGUGCUGACGUCGGGGCUCAGACCCCCCGCGGUCGAGGGGCACUGCACGCCGCCGCCGCUCAGGGGCAUGUCCAGCUGAUCCAGGACCUUCUGCUGGGCGGGGCACCUCCUAACAUGGAGGACUGCGAGGGCAUGACUGCCCUGAGCCUGGCAGAGGGCUGUGGCCAGAAGAAGAGCGCCCGCCAGAUCUUCCUGUUCAACUGGCAGCAGCGUGCCGCUGCGGUACGGAUCAAAUCCCACCUGGGCGAGGAGGAGCUGUUCGACCACCAACGCUACAACUCACACCUGAAGACCUGGCGAUGUGGUACCUACGCCCAGAGAUACAUGGCACACCUUGGGGUAUAG